UAUGAGCUAUUAUGAAUUUUUUUAUAACAUUCUAUUUAAGUAAAAUAUAUUUAGUUUUUACACAUAUUUUGACUUCUUUGACUUCUCUUUCCAGUUUCCUGUAUUGAAUAAAUUAUAUUUAUAUUUAUUAAUUAUUUGCAAACACACUGAUGAUUAUUACUAGUACUAUAACUAUUAUACAUUUAUACUUCAUAAUAUAAUAUGUUUGGCUAUAUAUAUAUAUUCACACAAGUGUUGGAUCACAGCUGUCAGGAGAUGAAUUCAUCGUUUAAUUACCUACUAUUGGUAGAAAUAAUGAUGUUUCCUAUUUUUUUAUUGUUUUUAAUUUAGUAUCGCACAGCCUCAUACUACCACCAAGAAGGUGCAAGUGUACACAUUUGUGUGGUUAAGACAUAACGUUAUACUUCAUUGGUGUUUAUUUGUUAAUGUUGUUCUUAGAUCAAGUAUGAAUAAAAAUAUAUAAUUAUAUUUUUAAAUUGUAAAAUUAAUUUUUCAAAAAUAGGUAGUUAUUUUUACUGCAACUAGCAGUAUCUGCUAGAUGUCUAUAUAGAUCUAAGCUUUCUAGAAAGUAUAAUCAAUUAAACUUCAAAAUAAUUUAUUAUUUAUUAAUAAAAGGUUUUUAUUUUAAAAAUAAUUUCUAAUUUGUAUGUUGUAAACUGUAAAGGAACCAUUUUCAGAAUUGUAUUAAAGUGCCUAAAUACUUUGUGUUGUUACAAAAUUUUACUUAAACAAAUAUUAUAAACUGAGUGCUUGUUACCUGUACUAACUGUUGUUUUAACAAUAAAUCAUGAGUAAUAAAAGUAAUCAUAAUUCGGGAUCAAUAAAAAGGUAGAAUAGAUAUCAGAUAUCUUAAUAAUAAUUAAUAACACCUUCAUCGCCUAUACAAAUUUCACAAAUUUUAUCACAGCAAAUUAACAAUUGAUAAAAAAAAAAACACUUAAAAAGUUCAAGAUUGGCUUAAUUUUAAUUUUUAAGUAUUAUAUUGAAUCGAUUAAACAUUGUUUUCAAAUACCAACUAAGUUUUAAGUAAUGUGUGUCAUAUUCAUUAGUAGUGUACAGCACAUAAAUAAUGGAUAUCGUUUGAUUAUUGCUUCUAACCGUGACGAAUAUUUUAAUCGUCCAACGUUGCCAGCAAACUAUUGGCUAGAAGAUCAAAACAUCAUUGGAGGGCGCGAUUUAAUGUCAUCAAAUGAGGGUGGCGCUUGGCUGGCUUUAAACAUCCGUGGUAAGUUAGCUGCUUUAUUAAAUGUGUUUGAAUUAGAUAAAAGACAAAAUGCUAAAUCUAGAGGCUAUCUGGUUAAGAACUUUGUAAAAGGCAAUAGUUCAACCCUAGAAUAUUUGCAAGAAUUGCAAGGAUCACAAGAUGUGUAUAAUGGAUUUAAACUAAUCACAAUUAACAUAAGCAAGAAAUCUUUAGAAACACAUUACUUUACCAAUUUUGUACAAGAUGAAGGACCCGCCUUGAAACACAUACAAAAUGGUGUACAAGGAUUUGGAAAUGGACCUUUUUUAAAAGUGGCUGAGGGAGAGAAACUUUUCAAUGACAUUGUUAAGAAAUAUGGACAUAGUAAUCAUAAGGAUACACUAAUCAAAGAACUGCUACGAUUUUUGAAAUGGAAUAAAUUACAUUAUCCUGAUGAAGAGUUAAUUAAACGGACUCCAAAAUUUCCUGGAACUGAUGACCAGAAAAAAUUUAGUUCCAUUUUUGUAGAAAUGCCAUCUCGUCAGUAUGGAACUCGAACACACACAAUAAUACUAAUAGAUCACGAUGGAAAAGUAGAAUAUAACGAAUGGACCAAGUCUGGUUUAAUUUGGAAUCAUCAGUGUUAUACGACCAUACUAAAAGCUGAAGUAUAGAAUAUGCAGUGCAGCUCUGUGACUUGGACGACGAGACAAUCGCAACCCUUACUAAAAUUAAUUAUAUAUUUCUAUAUUUAUAAAACUGAAAUUUCUUAGUAGUAUAAUUUAUAAUUUACAAUAGUUAUAAUACAUAUUGUUGUGUGUAAACAUUAAAUUUGUUUCCCUCAGAUAUGCAUGCAUACGGGGUUGUGUUUGGAUGACUGGCAGCGUUGUCCAAGCUUUUCUGAAUACGUAUAUUUUAAGUGAAGGCUCUUAUGUGAAUCAUGUGCGUGCUGGUAUGUUUAAACUGUGAUCUUAUAUACUGGUUUUGAACAACCGGUAGCGUCGUCUAUGACUUAUAUUUUAUAUUAUCAUUUCUAUUUUCUACUGCGGCCUGCGACUAGUAGGAAGCAGAUUAUAUAAUAUUAUCAUAAUAUUAUAUUUAAUAUUUAUAAUACUUAAAUGAAUAAAAUAUUAAGUUUAAAACUUUUA